CAACCUCUUUAAAAUAAAAUAAUCUUUUUUAAAGAGGUUUAAAACAACGGUGAGAGUCAAGAGAAGGAAAACAUCAUGGCUAGUUUUGAUAUUCCAACGAUUGAUGUUUCUCCAUUUUUGAAAUCAGAGGAAGAUGAAGAUGGGAAAAGGAAGGUUAUCGAGCGAAUAAGGGAAGCCUGUGUUAACUAUGGCUUCUUCCAGAUUGAGAAUCAUGGAAUUCCUUUGGGGUUGCUGAGCAAAACUAUGGAUUUGUACAAGACUUUCUUUGCUUGUUCAGAUGAAGAUAAAUUAUUGGUCUCUCCAAAACCCGGUUCAUCAAUACCAGCUGGUUAUUUGAAAAGCCCACAAAAUUCAGCGGAGAAGAAUGAACACUUCGUGUUUCUUCCUCCAUCCUCUGGCAUCAAUGUCUAUCCCAACAAUCUACCUCAUUUCAAACAAGUUUUGGAUGAGAUGAUUUCGCACUUCACCAAAUUAGGAAUGCUGUUGGAGAGCAUCAUAAGUGAGUGUUUGGGCCUCCCUCCUAACACACUCGCAAUAUUCAACAAUGAUCGAUCAUGGGACUUUUUGAUUGGUCUCCACUAUUUCCCAGCAACAGAAGCUGAAGACAAUGGAAAAUCUGCACAUGAAGAUGGCAACUGCAUUACUUUUGUCUACCAGGAUGAAGUCGGAGGUCUUCAAGUGCACAAAGAUGGGCAGUGGAUCCCAAUAGCACCUUCCAAAGACAAACUAGUUGUUAACAUUGGUGAUAUUAUUCAG